GAGCCCUGAAAGUAGCGUCGGUGACGACAGCCGAGCUGCGGCACACAGUGGAUAGUUGUAUCCAAACGCGCGAAAAAUCCGGUGGGGAGUGCCCAGUACCUACUCGCAACCACAACAACGAGAGCCAGUAUAGUGGUCGAUCGAGCCCGUCCCUGCCUCCGGGAUGCGGAGCUGCCGCCCGGAGCACCAACAUGUAGACGGACGCUCCGAGAGACCCGAUAACGCCCAGACGGCAGCGGUUGAGCGAGCGCCGAAACUAUAGGUUAUCCGAGGCAGGAUGCGGGCCAAGAGAGCGACGUACGCCCUGACGGGCUUGUUCCUCCUGGCGCUGUGCCUCCUCCUGGUCGACCCGUCCGAGUCCAAGCUGCUGCAGCAGCAACAGCUCGAGAACCACGAGCCCCAGCAGCAGCAUCUGGCCGAUGGCGAUGACGAGGAGGACGAGGACGAUGACGAGGACGAGUUCGACGACGAGAGCAACAGCAGUUACCCGUCGAAGCCGGAGAUAGACGACGACGGCCGGGUGUACAAGAACCCGCGCAACUCCCCGUCGGCCCAGUGCCCGCGGGACGAGCUCCAGGCCGAGAUACUCGGGCAAAAGUGCCUGCGCAAGUGCUCGACGGACGAGGAUUGCAAGAGCAAGAAGAAAAAGUGCCGUUGCGACGGGAUAUGCGGCAUGUCGUGCAUCAAGCCGGAGCGCGAGUGCCCCGAGCUUAUGGACAUCGAGCGGGGCCUUAUGUCGGUGGGGGGCCGGUACUUUGGGGACCGGGUCAAUUAUAGCUGCGACCCAGGUUACCACCUGGUCGGGUUGGGGGAGCGCGCCUGUCGGGCGGACGGCCGUUGGACGGGGGUGACGCCGAGCUGCAAGGCAGACCCGAAGAGCUAUUGCUCGCCCCCGAGCAAGCUGCCCAACGCCCGGCACAACGCCCUACCCGACCAGAUGAGCUUCGACCUCGACAGCGUCGUCCAGUACUAUUGCGAGCACGGCUACGAGACGAAAGGCUCCCCCAAGGCCAAGUGCUUGGCGCCCGCCGGCGAGGCCAACUGGUAUGGCCCGGACAUCAUCUGCGAGCCCAAGAACUGCGAGCCCCCGUCCGACAUUCCCAACGGCUGGCACGCCGGCGAGUGUUAUAGGUACAAUUGCCACGUCGCGUAUCACUGCGCCGACAGUUACGAGUUGGUCGGGAAAUCUGAAAAAAUUUGUGUCGCCGACGGCUCAUGGAUCCCAGCGGAACUUCCAAAAUGUGUGGAGGUGACGUCGGUCCAGUGCACGAACCCCGAGCACCCGGUCAACGGCAAGGCCAUCUUCACCUCCGUCUCCUACAACGCCGUCGUGUCCUACGAGUGCAAGACGGGCUACACCAUCGUGGGCAUGUCGACCCGACGAUGCGGCGCCGACGGCAAGUGGACGGGCCACGCGCCCAUCUGCAAGGAGAUAGACUGCGGCUCGCCCGGCGUCCUCUACAACGGCUGGAUAGACAACAUUGAAAAUGGAACGAGGAUGGGCGCGAGCCUGAUAUUCCGGUGCAACGAGCGCAUGAAGCUCGAGGGCCACAGCUCGAGCCUCUGCCAGCUGGACGGCAAGUGGAGCUACCCGGUGCCCCAGUGCCUGGCCCCGUGCGUCCUGCCCGACAUACCGCGGGGCCACGUGUACGUCCAGGCGUCGGCCAACUCGAGCGAGCACCACUACAUAAACAACGUGACGGUGGCCGAGCACGGCAAACAGCUGGCGGUCGAGUGCUCGGCCGAUUACGAGUUCGUGGCCAGUCCCGAGAGCCCGGUCGUCUGCAACAACGGGACCUGGUCCGUGAUGCCCGCGUGCUCGCCGGCCCGGUGCAAGCUCAUGCCCAGGGCACCCCGCAACGGCAUGGUCAUAGCACCAAAGACCGAGCACGGCAUGCGCGCCGUCUUCAAGUGCAAGGACGGCUUCGAGAUGGUGGGCGGGGGACCGUACAACACCUCCUUCUCCGUCGAGUGCCAAUACGGCAAUUGGACCGGUGAUCCGCCCCACUGCGUCGAGGUAUACUGCCCGUUUCCGGGCUACGUGCAGAACGGCAAGGUACUGCUGGUCGGCAACAUGGGCGUUUACGAUUAUCGGCCCUACGUCAAGCGAAUCGUCAACAACAAGCAGAUCAUGUACGACUGCGACAAGGGCUAUUACCUGAGCGAGGGCCCACCCGGGGCGACCUGUAUCGGUGGCUCCUGGAGCCCCAAGGAGCUGCCCAAGUGCACCCUCGGCCAGCACCCGCGCAUACGCUGGAACAGGCGCCGCCGACGCCGCCGACGAAGAUCCGCCCCCACCGACGACCCGUCUCUUUCCACCUCCCCGUUGUCCACGUCGACCCCGUCGUCGCCACCGAGGAAGACCGGCGAGAGCGUGGUUCUGGCGUAUCGGAGGUUCAUCGACUUUUUCCGCAGGAUCGGCAAGAAAUUGCUCGAGCUCGAGAUGGAGAGGAGCCACGAGACCCUGGUGCGAGUCGACAAGGAGGCAGCCAAGCAGGAGCUGGAGGAGGAAGAGAGGCGAAGGAAGGCUAGAAACCAUCGACCCUCGAAUCGCACCGUCGCUCACGUGGUCCUCGGCAUAGUCAACACCACGGGCGAAAAUGGCCACGGUGCCACCAGGCGGGAGCGCUCCAGGGACGAGAGGAUGAUGGACUUUCUGAGGGUCGUGUACCGUAAGCUACAACGAAUCGACUCGCGGCACAACGCGACCAACAGCGACACGAACGUCACGAUGCACGAGCUCCUCAACGUGAUGAGCAAGAACCUCUUUCACGUGGAUCUGGCCGAGCCCAAGAAGAACACCAGCACCAGCAGCAGCAGCAGCAGCAGUAGCAGUAACUCGGUAGCCAAGGGCCACGAGAAUUACGAGGCCAGAGUCCAGAGGGAGUUCAACAAGCUCAAGCGGGAGUUCGAGAGGAUCAUGAAGUUCUACAACAAGUCCCUGCGCUGGAGCGAGAAGCACUUACGCAAGGACUUGCGGAAAAAGAAGAGGAAGAGGAAGAAGAAGAAGACGAUGACUACGACUACGGCCACCGGCCACGAUAGCUACAACGAUGACGUAGACGUAGCCACCAGUACCCUUACCACCAGCACCGACAAGUCAAACAAGACAAAGGAGCACCAGCACCACCAUGGACGGCAGCAGCACAGGUCGCCCAACUACUACAAGGGCUUUUACGAGUUCGUCAACGAUUACGUGACGCAGAAGCUGACGGUUCUCGAGGCGCAGAACGCGACGGAGGAGCUCAUCAGGAAGAUGAAGAUCGACAAGCCAUCGGCGCGGAACGGCACGAUGUUCACCAUCGGCGAGAUAUACGCGUUCUUCAAACAUAUCAUAGAGGCCAAGAUGAACGAUAAAAGUAAUAACGAUUCGUCGUCGAAGCCGAGCGAGUCACCGACGCCACCGUCGCCCACCACAACGACUGCAGCCAUCCCGAGGAGCUCCCCCACAACGGGCGACGAUGACUCGACAAAGACGCCGAGCUACCACCAGCAGCAUCUGUCGGAGAAUGAGAUACCCUCGCUGGAGUCGGAGGAUAACCAGCCAAAGCAGCGCAACAAGCGCAUCCGGAACACAUCCACGAGAUCGCCCCCCACAUCGGUGACCGACUCGGCUGUUGGGCGGAAGCUCCUGUCCGUGAACCAUUUGCUGCUGGGUGACGACGAGCAAGUGCAGCCGAGACGCCCGAAACGCUUCCUCCGAUCCUUGUCCUUCGAACAACUGGAUAAUCAAACGUUUCUCAAGAAUUCGUACGUGGACGCCUUGGAGGACAAGUACAGGGCGAACCUCAAGCGUUCCAUCGAGCAAUCCGUUCAGAACAAUCAGCGCAUAGCGCCAGAGGCAGCCAUCCAAGUACUGCCCCGCCAGAGACGCCUCCGCCAGUGAGAGCAGCAUCAAAUCGAUUUCAUUGUGAUACUAUAGGGAAUUUAUCGGUUAUCAAUCGAUCAUUAAACAACAAUGCCAACAACAACAACAACAACAACAACAACUGAUUUUAUGCAAUUAUACACGUAAUAAUUAUUAUUAUCAUCAUCAUUAUACACUGAUAGUUAAUCUGUUUAUCUCUGCGGUGAUAUCCGCACUGUAACGUAACGUGUAUCAUCUCACGUUUUUUGACGAUAAAUAAAUUU